AUGGCCAAUAUCAUUCCAAGCCCUGAAGUAUAUGGUGCCGGGUCCUUCAUCGACAAGGAUCCCCUUCCAAUCCCCGAGGAUGCCCGCCGCAUCUUCAAGCUGUUGGCCCAGGCUACUCCAGGGUUCACCAAGGAUCCUAAACAGUGGGAAACCGUGCAGUUUGAAGGUAGUCCGGAACCAAUCGUCCCUGUUGCAGCCGCACUGCAUGCAAUGUGUGGCGUUGUUGGAAAUGAGAUUAUAAAUGAUCGGGACGGUGAGAAUACUAGCCAGCGCGUGACCAUCAACACAGACCAUGCCGCACUCUGGCUUGGAACAGUUGGUUUCGUCAAAUUGAACGGAAUGGAUCUACCAGAGAUGGCGAGAACCGGGAAACUCAGCUCGGUAUACAAAACAGACUUUGAAAAAGGAGCCUUUUCCGCUCCUCUUCGAGUCCGGACUACCGCAAACUAUCCCACCAAGACACCUGGUGUCUGGCAAUCGGAUUGGAUCCUGAAAUGCCCUGCAACACACCAAGAGGCCUACGAUAUCAUCAGCAAGCGAGUCCAGCAAUUUGGCGCCGAUGAGCUGGAAAUGAAGAUGGUAAAGCUGGGUCUCUGUGGAAAUAUUGUCUAUACGCCACAGGGAUGGCGGGAGACUGAGAUGAGCAAACAGUUAUCUCGGCAUCCUUUAGUCAACUAUAAACCCCAGUCACACGCUAUACCAACCCUUCCAGCUCCCAUCCCGCGUCUUCCUGCUGACAGGCGUCCGUUGGCGGGCAUCAAAAUGGUCGAACUGGUGCGGAUCAUUGCUGGACCAGUCAUCGGAACUACCCUCGCAGCACUUGGAGCGGAUGUCAUUCGUGUGAACUGCAGCCGGCUCCCUGAUAUCAAUUCGCUCCAACUUACCCUCAAUGCGGGCGUUCGAGCAAUCGACAUUGAUCUGACCAAAGACGAAGAUCUGCAAAGAUUGAUGAAACUCGUCCAGGACGCUGAUAUCUUUGUCCAAGGCUACCGUCCCGGUGUCAUCGCCAAAAGGGGCCUUAGUCUCCCCGACCUUCUAGAAAUGGCAGGAAAAAGAGGAAAGGGUAUCGUCUAUGUCGAGGAGAACUGCUACGGACCGGACGGUUCCUUCAGCGCUCGGCCCGGGUGGCAGCAGGUGGGAGAUGCUGCAUCGGGUACGUCAUUUGUGACGGCCCGAGCGAUGGGCCACAUGGAUGGUAGAGGAAUCCUUCCUGCAAUGCCGAUCCCUGAUAUGAUGACCGGGUUGAUCGGCGCAUUGGGGGCGUUGAUGUCUAUUCGAGACCGUGCGCGUACUGGGGGCUCAUAUCAUGUUUUUGCAUCUCUUGUUGCAGCAGCGGCAUAUCCAUUGGAUCCCGAGGUCGGCUUGUAUUCUCCGGAUUUAGUGACGAAGGUUGACGAAAGGUUCAAAUGGGAAUCGAUGGAUCCAUCCCUUUUUGUUUUUGAACUUUUGGAUGUGGUCAUUAGGGGUUGGAAGAGGGAGUUUUCGGAUAUCUAUGCUCCUGAUUCACCCUUUACCACCACGCUCGAGGGGGAGUGGGGUACUUUUGAUUUGCUCAAGCCUGUAGUUAAUUUGGUGGAUGAGGGGGUGACGCCACGGUGGCUUACAGCUCCGGUACCGCACUGUUGGCAUGAUGCUGGUCGCAUUUCGUGGCUCUCCUAA